CAGGCACCCAGUAGUUUAGCUAGCCUAAACAACACUUUAACCAACACCAUCACUUUCCAGUCGUAGUACUGGCAAUGUCCAUAGCAAUCGGUCAUGGUGAACAGGAGAGGGAAUUGCUGUAUCUACUCCAAGAUGCAAGUCAACCUAUCCCAUCAUCGAUCCAUAUCCACGAUACUGCCAACGGACAAGCAGUACUGGAAAAGGUGAUAGGACAAAUUGAUGCAAAUCUUUUGGAAAUAGACCCUCUUCUCUGUCCAACACCUCAACUUCUAUUCAAUCGGAUCUACAAAGGUUUUGCUACAAAUGCAACAUCUUCAGAUCUUUCGUCCAAAGGUGUCUUUGGAGAUGGAUCAACAGAUGCAAUGUUACACGCCAUCCGAGCACAGCUACAGAAAUAUCAGGAGAGUGCUCCCGGCAGCAAACAGCAAAGGUUCAUCAUCAUCCUCAAGAGAGCAGAUCGAAUGAGAGAUCUUUGGCCUGAGGAGAUUUCCAAUGUGUUGUUUAGUAUGGCAAAAACAUUUUCAAUGCAAGGAAGUUUUUGUCUCAUCACAAUUAGUCAUUUGGCUAUCUCACACUUUCGAGCGAGUAAAGGUCCAGGUACACAUGCUACGCCGCCAGAUUCCAUCGUGAUCCGGUGUGGACGUUUACCGAAAGAGGAAGUGUUGGAGUAUUUGGAUGGUGAUUUCGAUCAACUUGUUUCUCAAUCUACCUCCACUACCGUUGCUAAGGAUCAAUUGCGAACUUUGUUUGAUACUUACACUUCUUUGGCCUACGAUGCAUUCGCGGCAGAAAUUCGGGAUCUACAUGAGAUACGGCUUUUGACAUGUUGUGUAUGGCAUCCGUUCAUCAGACCUGUGUUGAACGGGGUGAUGCCUGCUUCUCAAUUGCACUCUUUGCUUGUUCGGUCAUCUUCGCUAUUUCGAUAUGCUUUGGAACAAUUGCACACGAGGAGAAUGAAUCCGUUAGAAUGGAUUGAAAGUUCAAUCAAACAGGUAGAUGAAAUUGGCGCUCAGAAUCGUUUACAGAUAUCGCAAGAUUUUGGCAAGUCCAACUAUUCAACGUUACAAUCGCGUUCUUUGCUCACUUCGUUGGUUGUUUUGGCUGCCUUUUUGGCCUCUUACAACCCUGCACGGCUUGAUGUACGGUAUUUUGUACGUGAUGAAUCUGCGAUUAUCAUCAACUCCUUCAAAUCGACUGAUGGAAAGAGCCCCAGAAAAAGAAAACGAGGAGGUGCAUUCCGCAAGACCAAUACGAAAAGAAAGCUUGGAAAGCGGUCUGGUGCGAUGAACAGAUCUGAGGAGACGCUUUUGAGUAGACAAGAAUUGCUUGGGCCACGUUCGUUCACGCUGGACAGGAUGUUGAAUAUCGUUCAAGCAUUGGCCGUUGAGGUUGCACCUGAUUUACACUCUUCCUCUUCAGGUAGACGGAAAGGAGACGUUGUUGCCCUGCAAGAUUGUCAAGAUGAAUGGGAGGUGAGGAGUAAAGGAAAUGCGGUUUUGGAAACGUUCAAUGAUUUAAUCAAGAUGGGCUUGAUUGUUCGCACUUCAGCCAUUGAACGGAUAGAUGUUGUGACCACGUUUCGAGUCAAUACGGGUAGGGAAAUGGCGAUCGCAAUGGCGAAAAACGUUCAUCUAAAUAUCGAAGAAUGGAUUUACGGUUAAGCACUGAUCAUGAUGAUGGUAUUGAAAUAUUGAAUCAUGUUUGAGUUUGUGUACAAAAAGAGAAAAAAUGAAAUGUUUUUAUAAUACAGAGAGAAG